GCGCCUUGUCGUCAUGGCGGCCGUUCGGAAGCCGGUGCUGCUCGGGCUUCGAGAUACUGCAGUGCACGGCUGCCCCACGGGGCUGGGCGCCUGGACCGCGAGCAAGCUGGGCGGCGUUCCGGACGCCCUGCCCGCCGUGGCAGCGCCGAGGCCAGUGUGUGAACUUUGCAGGCAGCCGCUUGCCCUGGUCGUGCAGGUGUACUGCCCUCUGGAAGGCUCCCCGUUUCAUCGGCUCCUGCACGUGUUCGCUUGCCCCCAUCCGGGGUGCGCUAGUGGCAGGGCGCGCAGUUGGAAGGUGUUUCGUUCCCAGUGCCUGCAAAUGCGAGAGAAAGAGACGCAGGACGCUCAGAAGCAGGAAGAUGGCCUCACAGCUGAGGAUUGGUGUGAAGGUGCAGAUGACUGGGGAAGUGAUGGUGAGGAGGCGCCUCCACUACAGGUUAUCUCAGAUUUCGGAAAUGAUUCCAGCAGUGCCAAAGACAGAGAUUGGCCUGCCCAGCUCCAAGACCUCCGCCUGCAGGAUACUGUCCCGGAUGCUGCUCCUCCUGUGCCUCCUGGGGAAGGGAUGGCCUUGCCUUCUGUGCUGCCGCAGUUCCUGCCCUACUACAUCUGUGUUGUUGAGGAGGAUGACUACAGGGACUUCGUCAGUCUAGAUCAUGCUCAGAGCCUUCUGAGGGAGUAUCAACAGAGAGAGGGAACUGAUAUGGAACAGUUGCUUUCCCAAAGUCUUUCUAGUGAUGGUGAUGAAAAAUAUGAGAAGACCAUAAUUAAAAGUGGAGAUAAGAUGUUUUACAAAUUCAUGAAGAGAAUUGCUGCUUGUCAGGAGCAGAUUUUGAGGUAUUCCUGGAGUGGAGAACCACUUUUCUUGACCUGCCCUACAUCAGAAGUCACUGAGCUCCCAGCCUGCAGUCACUGUGGAAUCCGAAGGAUAUUUGAGUUUCAGCUUAUGCCAGCGCUGGUCAGCAUGCUCAGAAGUGCUAAUUUAGGCCUUUCUGUGGAAUUUGGAACCAUUCUAAUAUACACAUGUGAGAAGAGUUGCUGGCCUCAAAAUCAUGGGACUCCUGUGGAAGAAUUUUGUAUUAUCCAAGAGGACCCAGAUGAAUUAUUAUUUAAGUAGUGCAUUUCCUUUUGUGUUUUUUUGUUGUUUUUAUUUAUUUUUGGCUGCGUUAGGUCUUUGUUGCUGCACGUGGGCUUUCUCUAAUUUCGGAGAGCAGGGGCUACUCUGCUUCUCAUUGCAGUGG